UGAUCUCGUUAUUUGUUGCAUUGUUCCCAGAUUUGAUUACAAAUCAACGCGCAGGCUGGUGUGCGGCAGGGGAUAGAGCAAGACUUCGCGGACAAUUGUCAGAGGUUCUUUUGUUCUCUCCCGGAGGAUGAAGCACGCCAAAGUGGAGGCUCGAAACUGUCAGGCUUUGAGGACGGUACCGCCUCCUCCGCCGCCGCCGCCGCCGCCGCUCCCAGAUUUCCAGGCCAGGAGAGCGGUCGCCGAGACGAGCGUGACGAACAGGGAGAUUGCUAGUUUCUGGAGGCAGAAGCGCAUCAAAGAGGAGGAUCACCUCUUGGCGGCGAUCAAGGCCGCGGCACGUGUCAGGGCGCGGAAGCUCUCGGAGGACGACUACAAGCGUUUCGUAGAGUCUUUAGAAGAUGUAAACGACGACGUCGAGGAGAACAACGCGGCUGUUUCCAACAACAUGCAGAACCACGCCGAAGACGAGAAAGAAGCGCGCAUCGGAAUAAAAGACUGGUGGACGAAGAGCAAGUACGCGUACCUGAACCAACCGGCCCUCGAGUCAAUGGAUCACCCGAGAAGAACUUCCUCCUACACUCCGAACUGUUUCUCGUAUAAGCCUGUUCCGCUGUAUCCUACUUCACUCGGAGUGUUUUAGCAUCCAUGUAGCCAUUCGGUUUUCGGUUGGUUUAAUUGCUUGAAAUUCAUUCGAGUCGUAUGCUGUUUCGACUUCAGGUCGAGUGCUUGCAGA